CAACGGACCUGCUUUCUGCGGCGCGUCCCAGACCUCGGGAUGAAGGAGGGGAAGAGCGAGCGCGAGCGCGGGAGCCGGCGAAGGCACCGGGACGGCGACGGGGACGCGGUGGCGCCGGCCGCCGUGGUGGUGGUGAAGCAGGAGCGCCUCAGCCCGGAGGCCGCGCCUCCUGCCCACCGCCGGCCGGACCUGUCGGGCGGAAGCCCGUCCCCGCCGGCCAGCGAGCCGGGCCGCCCCGGCCACCGCGGGACCCGGGCCCGAGGAGUCAGCCGGUCCCCAGCCAAAAAGAAAAGCAAGUCCUCAGGAAGAAGCAAGUCUCCUCGCACUAAGAGAAGCCGGAGCCCUCACCCCUCGAGUGGCAGAGUGAAGCAGGAACGGGAGGAUCAUCCCCGGAGAGGGCGGGAGGAUCGGCAGCACCGGGAACCAUCAGAACCCGAGCACAGGAGAGCUCGGAACAGUGAGCGAGACCGACACCGCGGCCAUUCUCGCCAAGGGAGGAGCUCUGAUGAGAGGCCUGGCAGUGCACAAGCUCAGGGACGGGAUCGAGAUAGCCAGAGCCUGCAAGUCCAGGAGGAAGAGCGGGAGUUUUACAACGCCAGGCGGCGGGAGCAUCGACAGAGGAAUGACCUCAGUGGUAGUGGGACUGAGGCUCAGGAUCUGGCCCCUCGACCUGGAGGCAAUAAAAACAAAGAGGUGCCUGUUAAAGAAAAGCCAAGCUUUGAACUUUCUGGGGCACUUCUUGAGGACACCAACACCUUCCGGGGUGUAGUCAUUAAAUACAGUGAGCCCCCAGAAGCACGGAUCCCCAAAAAACGGUGGCGUUUGUACCCCUUUAAAAACGAUGAGAUACUGCCAGUUAUGUACAUCCAUCGACAGAGUGCUUACCUUUUGGGUAGACAUCGCCGCAUUGCAGACAUCCCCAUCGAUCAUCCCUCUUGCUCCAAGCAGCAUGCGGUCUUUCAGUACCGGCUUGUGGAGCACACCCGUGCUGAUGGCACUGUGGGCCGGAGGGUGAAGCCCUACAUCAUUGACCUCGGCUCAGGCAAUGGAACCUUUCUGAACAACAAGCGCAUUGAGCCACAGAGAUACUAUGAACUGAAAGAAAAGGAUGUUCUUAAGUUUGGGUUCAGUAGCAGAGAGUAUGUCUUGCUCCAUGAGUCAUCAGAUACAUCUGAGCUAGACAGGAAGGACGAUGAGGAUGAGGAGGAGGAGGAAAUCGUGUCUGACAGCUAGCAAACAGAACCACCUGGAACUAUUUCAACACCUUUCUUUCCUGGGAGGCUUAGACUGGAGCACAGCGUGCUCUCCGUGGUGCCUCUUGUUGCCUUAAGUCCUUCCUCGUGCUGACAACUCGUGUUGUAGUGCGAGAACACUGGCUAGUUGUGUGGAACUGUGUUCGAGGGCAUGUCACCUGCUUGCCUAUGGACACUUGAUUUCAGAACAGUACCGCCAAUUGCAGCACAUGAUAUUUUCAGUAGAGUGUUGUGACUUUAGUUGGUGCUUACGGAACUGCUACCGAGGAAGCCAAGCCCUUGGUUAAAGGGGAGGUGGCUUAUUUUCUUUGUACAGUUGCUUUAUUUAUAAAGUGGUUAAACUGUG